CCUUGUCCGAUCCCAUUGGUCAUACCCAGGGUCAGUUUGACCGGCCUCAUUGGCCUCAUACAGGGACUGCCCUCCCGGCUCCUGAGACAGAACCUCAUCUCUUUGCCCGCCCCUUCUAGUCCACCACUGAAAGGACGGUCCACGGACGUUCCACCGAAUCCGAUCCCCGCCUUUACUAAAGAGACUGUCCUGCUCCUGGUAGCGACAGCCCUCUGGGGAGAAAUAUUCUUCGCCUCAAGAAAAAACUAACCUCAGGCCUUGGCCUCCCGGAGACCCCGUUGCCUCCUGCCUGACUCAUCGAAAACAUUAAUGACUUUUCCUUUCUGGUCAUCUUUCAAGUUUUCUGUUCCCAAAGUUCCAGGAAUGAAUCUAAGGACCAGCUGUUACAAGUAAACUAGAGAUGGAUGCUGAUAAGAUACCUGAGGAACCUACAAGUAUCAAUAAUGAGGCGGCUACUCCGGAUUUUGCAGUGGAAGUUCCCACCUCUUCAGAGUCCUUCACUCAAGAGAAAGCCCUCCAUGCUGGGGAAUCCCUCAUUUAUGAUGAAUCUGUGACUAGUUCUUUUUCUUCAGUGGUUGUAGGCAAACCAUCUGAGGUCCAUUCUGAUAAAAAGAAAGAAGAAACCCUCAAUGCUGAAGAGUUUAAGAGCCCAGUGGAGAGUACAUUGCCCUCAACCCACUUCCUUCCAACCAAAACUCACCAAUCCAUAGAAGAAUCCAAAGUUAAAGAGAGACAGCAUAAAGAAUCCAUAACUAAUGACCAUCCCCAUCCAACCCAUCGACCUAGCCAAGGAAAGAAGACAUCGAAGAAGUCAAGCCCACGUUAUAUGCGCCCUCUCGCCCCAUCUGAGAAACCAGAGGUUCUAACGGUUGCCAGGGCUAUGCACAGGGACAAGUUUGGACAUCAUGUGAAGCAGCUUUUCCAAUGGGAUAAGGAUGCAACACUGAAAGCUAUCCAGAGCGGUCUUUACAUUGGUUGGCGCUGCCCCCAUUACCUAUGGGACUGCUACCGUAUUGGGAGUGAAUCAAAGUGCUUCUGUGGACACCUGCUCACCCAGCACCGGAUGGCUUCAGACAUAUCUGUUCCCUGCACCAUGAAUGGGUGCCGAUGUCAAAUGUUCUGCUUCAUCCCAUCACGACCAGAAGAAGUGGGAGAGUUCUGGCUUCAAAAACGAUCUGGUUUUGACCCCAAAACAUGGAGGGCCCUUUGUCGCUGCAAACACAACCACGAGGAGCACAGCCCCACAGGGGCCCAUGCCUGCCGACAUCGCGGCUGCCAGUGUAAUUUCUUCCAGUCAAAUUUCCUUUGUGCUGCAUGUGACCGACGAUGGGAAGAACAUGAAACCUUCUUUGAAUCUGAGGAGACCAGGAGGCAAAGAGGGAGAACAAGUGGUGAGAAGAGCCGUUCAUCAAAGGGAGCUGUACAGUGAGGGGGACGUAUGGAGAAGGAGCGAUAUGGAGCUGACUACAUGCCUUUUGCUGAGAUGCCUGUCCUCCGGAAUAUCAUCCUCCCUGCCUCGGGAUUUGAGGCCCUGGAGAAACAGAAUCCCUCAGGUCCCUUUGGGCUUCCAGGACCUUCUGGUCCUCGCCCCAGCAAGCCCUUCUGAUCCUCAUUCCUCACCUACUCUGCUCUUGCCU